AUGUCUUCAGAAGAAAAGUUUUUAUUAAAGUCUUCUAAGAAUUCACUUUAUUAUUAUCAUUCUUUUACAGAAUAUUCUGGAGCUCUUCUUGGCCUCCCUACUUCAUAUGCUGCUUUGCAAAGAAUUAAGAAGAGUUCCUCUUCAUCCCUGUAUGGUUCAAGGACUAGACCACGAUACAGCAGCCCUUCAUUAGGAACGCUGAGUGUUUCUUCACCGAGCUGGCGAGGGGCAGCUCAACAUUAUUAUUCCCCCAUCAAUCUUUAUCAUCCCUCAGAUGCCUUCAAACAAGAUGAAAGUGUGGAUUAUGGACCAGUGUUUGUGCAAGAACCAGAUGAUGUAAUUUUCCCGACUGAUUCUGAUGAAAAGAAAGUAGCACUGAAUUGUGAAGCUCGUGGCAACCCAGUUCCCAAUUACAGAUGGCUUCGAAAUGGAACGGAAAUAGAUUUGGAAAGUGAUUAUCGCUACAGUUUAAUAGACGGGGCCUUUAUUAUAAGCAAUCCAAGUGAAGCAAAGGAUUCUGGUCAUUAUCAGUGUUUGGCAGCCAACACAUUUGGAACUAUUCUUAGUAGAGAAGUCAUACUUCAGUUUGCCUAUCUGGGGAACUUUAGUGGCCGGACGAGAAGCGCGGUGUCCGUCCGGGAAGGCCAAGGGGUCGUCCUCCUGUGCUCACCUCCGCCUCACUCGCCAGAAAUCAUCUAUAGCUGGGUAUUUAAUGAAUUCCCUUCCUUUGUGGCCGAAGACAGCCGGCGGUUCAUUUCCCAGGAGACAGGCAACCUUUAUAUUUCUAAAGUCCAAACAUCCGAUGUUGGCAGCUAUAUUUGUCUGGUGAAAAACACAGUGACGAAUGCUCGAGUACUUAGUCCUCCAACACCACUGACUCUGCGUAAUGAUGGUGUGAUGGGAGAAUAUGAGCCGAAAAUUGAGGUCCAUUUCCCUUUCACAGUUACAGCUGCUAAGGGAACAACUGUUAAGAUGGAGUGCUUUGCACUUGGCAACCCAGUUCCAACAAUCACAUGGAUGAAGGUUAAUGGUUAUAUUCCUAGUAAGUCACGUCUGCGUAAAUCUCAGGCAGUACUGGAAAUACCCAACGUGCAGCUGGACGAUGCAGGCAUAUAUGAGUGCAGAGCUGAAAACUCACGUGGAAAAAAUACCUUUCGUGGACAGUUGCAAGUAUACACAUAUCCACACUGGGUAGAAAAACUGAAUGAUACUCAGUUAGACAGUGGGAGCCAUCUGCGAUGGGAAUGUAAGGCUACUGGAAAACCCAGACCCACCUACCGCUGGCUGAAGAAUGGAGUACCCCUCUUGCUUCAGAGUAGGGUUGAGAUGGUUAAUGGAGUAUUGAUGAUCCACAACGUGAAUCAAUCAGAUGCUGGAAUGUAUCAGUGUUUGGCCGAAAAUAAAUAUGGAACCAUUUAUGCAAGUGCUGAGCUGAAGAUUUUAGCUUCAGCUCCCACUUUUGCACUGAAUCAACUGAGGAAAACAAUAAUUAUUCCCAAAGACCAAGAAGUCAUCAUAGAGUGCAAACCUCAAGGAUCUCCAAAACCAACUAUCUCUUGGAAGAAGGGAGACAAAGCAGUUAGAGAGAAUAAAAGAAUAGCUAUUCUUCCAGACGGGAGUCUCCGGAUCCUAAAUGCUUCUAAAUCAGAUGAGGGAAAGUACGUUUGCCGAGGGGAAAAUGUCUUUGGCUCUGCUGAAAUCACAGCUACAGUAUCUGUAAAAGAACCUACAAGAAUAGAGCUUACUCCUAAAAAAACAGAGUUAACAGUGGGAGAAAGCAUUGUCCUUAAUUGCAAAGCAAUUCACGAUCCUAGUUUGGAUGUCACUUUCUACUGGACACUAAAAGGAAAGCCUAUCGAUUUUGAAAAGGAAGGUGGACAUUUUGAAAGCAUCAGGGCCCAAGCAUCCUCUGCAGAUUUAAUGAUCAGGAACAUCCUUCUGAUGCAUGCUGGGAGAUAUGGCUGCAGGGUACAGACCACAGCAGACAGUGUGUCAGAUGAGGCAGAACUUCUUGUUAGGGGUCCCCCAGGCCCACCAGGGAUAGUGAUUGUGGAGGAAAUCACCGAAAGCACAGCCACACUCUCCUGGAGUCCAGCCGCUGACAACCACAGCCCUAUCUCUUCCUACAACCUUCAGGCUCGUAGCCCCUUCUCCCUGGGCUGGCAAACGGUAAAAACAGUUCCAGAAAUUAUAACAGGGGACAUGGAAUCAGCCAUGGCAGUGGACCUGAACCCCUGGGUAGAAUAUGAAUUCAGAGUGGUGGCCACCAAUCCAAUUGGGACUGGAGACCCAAGCACUCCAUCUCGAAUGAUCCGCACAAAUGAAGCAGUUCCAAAGACAGCACCUACCAAUGUAAGUGGAAGAAGUGGAAGAAGGCACGAGUUGGUCAUCGCCUGGGAGCCAGUAUCUGAAGAGUUUCAGAAUGGGGAAGGCUUUGGCUAUAUUGUGGCUUUCAGGCCCAACGGAACACGUGGCUGGAAGGAAAAAAUGGUGACAUCCUCUGAAGCUUCAAAAUUCAUUUAUCGAGAUGAAAGUGUCCCUCCUCUUACCCCCUUUGAAGUGAAGGUUGGCGUUUAUAACAAUAAAGGGGAUGGACCUUUCAGUCAAAUUGUUGUCAUAUGUUCAGCUGAAGGAGAACCCACUGCUGCUCCCACAGAUGUCAAGGCUACAAGUGUAUCUGUGUCAGAGAUUCUUGUUGCAUGGAAACAUAUUAAAGAGAGUCUAGGAAGACCACAGGGAUUUGAGAUUGGUUAUCGGAAAGACAUGGAACAAGAAGAUGCAGCAGAAACCGUCAAAACGAGGGGGAACGAGUCAUCCAUCAUCCUGACAGGGUUAGAAGGAAAUACGUUAUAUCACUUCACAGUGAGGGCUUAUAAUGGAGCUGGAUAUGGGCCACCCAGCAGUGAAGUGAGUGCAGCCACCAAGAAAUCCCCCCCCAGUCAAGCACCUAACAACCUCAGGUGGGAGCAACAGGGCUCUCAGCUUUCUCUGGGCUGGGACCCCGUAAGACCAUUAGCCAACGAGUCUGAAGUCAUGGGCUACAAGGUUUUUUAUAGGCAAGAGGGUCACAGCAACAGUCAAGUUAUUGAAACGCAGAAACCUCAAGCAAUAGUCCCACUCCCCGAUGCUGGAGUCUAUAUCAUUGAAGUGCGAGCAUAUGGUGAAGGAGGGGAUGGAACCGCUAGCUCCCAAAUCAGGGUCCCAUCAUAUUCAGGUGGGAAAAUCACUAGUGCUCAGUCAGCCCUCCGAACUCUCUCCAUGUCUUCAUCAGUAAUGUUGCUUUUGGCAUUGAUGAUUCCUUCAACCCCUUGGUGA